CACGCUGUCCUUUUUGUUGAAUACAGCCGGCCAUUGGCUUGUUGGUAGCGCGCACAGAGCUGACUCAGCAGCUGGGCAAACAUACCUAAGGCAGCUCUCGCUGCCCACUCUCCCAAUUCCAGCAACUAGGAAACAACCUGAACCACCGCCAGCAUUUUCGUCCACCGCUGCCCGUUUCCUCGACAACCAUUUUUGCUUGCAGAGUCUCAUCAUGCCCACCACCGCCGCUGCCGAGAAUCAUGCCACCCCUGGAGAUACCGGCCCGCAAAGAACGUCGCCGGAACCGGAGUCCGCCCGCCCCCUCGCACCUUUGUCCAGUACUGAAAGCGACAUUUCCAGUACUGAAAGCAACAUUGAGGAGGGUAGAGACUCGUACAGACCAGGCAGAUUUCAUCCAGUGUACAUCGGCGAUAUCUAUGCCGAGAAAUACAAGGUCUUGAGUAAAAUCGGCUACGGUGUGUACUCGACCGUUUGGCUUGUUAGGGACUUGACGAAACCAGAGGGCGGCGAGCAUAGAUUUCGCGCUCUCAAGGUACUGAGUGCAGAAUCCUACGCUGAAGACCACCCAAUUUUUGAGAAGGAGAUCCUCAAACACCUGCGCGAUGGUGGAGAUAAAGAUGAGCUUGGCUACGCCUACAUAUGCCACAUUGUCGAUGAUUUUGAGCACCAAGGCCCCAACGGAACUCAUGUUUGCCUCGUUUUCGAGCUCAUGGGGGAGACUUUGCGGAGUUUUGGCGCCUGGUUUAAAGACAACCAACUCCCCUACCCUGUCAUCCAUAGGUUCACGAUCCAGCUGCUGCUGGCCCUUGACUAUGCCCAUGGCUGCGAUGUCAUCCACACAGACAUCAAGCCGGACAACAUCUUUGUCAAAUUUCGGGACACUUCCCAGAUAGAGUCCGGCUAUCUCGUCCAAGCCCCAAUUCCCAAGCAAGAUAGGACCGAGGAAGCAUACACACCCAUUCGGUCCAUCCCGCUACGUCAGUUCUACUUCACCCAAGAGGAUUCAAGAAAUGUCGACCAGUUUGACAUUGCUCUAGGCGACUGGGGUGUAUCCAGCUGGGCUACGAAGCACCUCACUGAGAAUAUCCAACCCGUGACCCUACGGGCCCCAGAAGUUCUCAUCAAGGCCCCAUGGGAUGCAACAGUUGACUGGUGGAACCUCGGGGCUCUUCUGCUUGAGCUUUACCUCGCCGUUCGCAUGUUUUCCGGUAGGGUUCCACCUGAUCGGCAUUACGAGCCCAAGACGCAUAUUGCCGAGAUCGUGGACCUAUUUGGGCCCUUUCCGAAGGAGCUUCUAGAAAAGGGAGAUCAGAAUAUCGUUCGGGACAUCUUUGACGACGAAGGGAGGCCCAAGGGCAUCGGCCCGCUUGGCAGGUCGCCAUUGGAAUCAGAGGCGUUCAUGCCUGGGCUUAGGGAUGACGACAGGAAAGAAUUCGCCUCCUUUCUCAGGGCUAUCAUGAAGAUCAACCCGGCUGAUCGAUUGUCGACCGAGGAUUUGUUGAGGCAUCCUUGGUUGGGCGCCAUGCAAUAG